AAGUAUUUCGUGCUGAAAAUGUUACCAAAUUGUUAAGCUCAGUCAUGAAAUGUAACUUUACGAGAGGAAUUCAUCGCAUUUCUUUAGUUUUUUUUUGAGCAAAGAAACUAGGAAAUAUGUUUUAAUCCGCCAAUAUGCAUAUAUCGAUGUUUGUGAAUAGUGUUUUAUUACCCUGAGUCAUAUCCCGAUCUUGAUUGCAAAGUAAAACGAGCCUGUCUGGCAUGUUGUGUAAACAGACAAGCAAAUGUUGCGUUGCUCUGAUAACAUUUUUUCAUUUGAUAGGAUCUUAGCUGUUACAUAAUCUAUACUGCAAAAUACUUAUGCAAUCAAAGUAUUUUUGUAUCAUUUGUUUUAAUUCAAAUGCUUGCAUUUUAUAGCUUUUAUAAAUAAUAAGUUCACCUUAACUGUCAGUAUAAAUAAAUAAACAUAAUCUAUUUUAGAUAUACGUUUAACUGUCUGAAAAAAAAAGAUCAUUUUCGUAGGUUUUUUUUAGCUGAAGGGUAAAAUAUUUGGAUGAAAAUGGACAAUUCCGCUAAAACUUUAUUAUAGGAUUGGGAGACCUGAGGUAUGUAUUAUCUUCUGCAAACCAUGCACUUUUACAUCUAGCCAUAUAUGAUGCAUGAAUGAUUACCACAGUGGUCAGUGAUUUAAAAAGAAAUUUAUAUAAACAUCAAUCCAAUAAAUCACCUGAGGAAAGUGUGACAUUUUCGUAUUGAAAUGUUUCAUAGUUUAGUGUAUUCUUUUAUGUGUUCCAUUUGUAUAUGUCAUACAACACAAACAAUUUAGCUCUAAACAGUAUACAGCUGCUCUAUACAGAUCUACAAGAGAAAUACAUACAUAAAGCCUUUCAUUCAAUUUAAAACAUAUUACCACAUGUAUAGAAAUUACUUAGAAUUAAAAUACACAUAAAUACAGUAUAAGACAUCAAGAGACAUUGAGCUAUAUAAAUUCUUUCAGGACCACAAACUUGAAUUUAUUUAUUUAAUUAUUUUGUGUUUAACGUCGCACCGACACAAUUAUAGGUAAUAUGGCGAUGUUCCAGCUUUGAUGGUGGAGGAAGACCCCCAGGUGCUCUUCGUGUUAUUUCAUCACGAGCUGGCACCUUGGCAGAACCACCGACCUUCCGAGAGCCGGCUAGAUGGCUUCCUCACAUGAAGAAUUCAACGAACCGAGUGAGGCUCGAACCCACUUCGAUAAGGGGCAAGUAAAUUGAAGACAACGACCUUAACCAAUCGCCCCCACCCCCACCACCACACACACACACACACGCACACACGCACACACACACACACACAAACUUGAAAGACCCAACUGAGGGUUUAUGACAUGUCAAUGACCUCAAAUUAAUAUUUUUGUCAAAUUACGACACAGCAAUAACCCCACAAAUUUUGGAUUAGUAUGUCUAACAAGGACUGUCCGUAAGACAACACGCUCGACUUUUCUCAACGCUUGACUCUGAAUUAGGGUUGUGCCAGUAAAAGGGGCUUAACUCAAUAAUAAUGUUUAGCAUGCUGGUAAAAUAGAUAGAUUAGUUUUCGCUUUCAUUGAUAUAACAAGGACAGGGAUAGGAUUGACAAACGGUAUUCAAUGAACUAUUCAUGAACUAUUCCACUCUAUAAACAGAUCGUUUACUUUGUGUAAAGUAGAUUUAGGCUAAGUCUCCGUAACAUGUAUAUAUCAUUGUUACGUUUAAAUCGUCUCAGCGUGAAGGGCGCUAUAUAAAUUUGGUAAAAUAAUGAUAAUAAUAAUAAGAGCGGCGUACCAAAUAGUUUUAGUACACGAUCGCUUCCCUUCGAGUGAUACCUAAUUACAAUUGGACCUUUCUUCACCAUAAUUACAUGUAUUACCUGUUACUUUCAAUUUUUGUUACUUUUCUGAAGUUAUUAUUUCAAAUUAAGAUUAUUUUAAAGUAACGUCCUUCCAACUUAUAAUAUAUCAAAUAAUUUCUGUAACAAACUUAGGUUAACCUCAAUGUGAAGUAGUCAUUUGAUCCAAAAUAUAUAUUCCUAUAUGAUGUAACUUGUCUGAAAGAUCGUGUUUUCGACCACAUAUCUUACUUUCCUGAGAUCUUACGCUUAGAUUUUCUCCCUAACCGUAGGUUUAUUUACAUAGUUAUAUGAAAUCAAUUUAAAAUAUUCUGAAAUAUUAAGACAAAUGAGCAUAAUUGUUUGCUUCAGAGGUUUUCAUUUUUCCAUCAUUUAGUUGUAGAAUUAAGAUCUGACAGUGUCUGUAUGGCUAGAAAAUGCAAAUAUCAACUGCAGGCCGGUCUCAAAAUUUAACUACAUAGCGAUUUGUCUCAUAUUUUUUCACACAUCCCUCUGUCGGCUAAAUCAAGAUCACGCUGACAGCAUAUAUCAUUUUUGCACAGAAAACACGAUUUCGCUAUACGAGUUUUAUUUGAUGAGUUUAAGUGGUAAUGCAAAUUAUAACGGUGAAUAUUUUACCUGAUUUCUCGGUCUUCAAUUCCUGCGUCAGUAACAUCAAAAUAUUAAAUAGCAGAAAUGUAACCCUUUUUGCAUGUGACGGUUGCAGACCUGAUCCAAGCUCAGUAUAUCGAUCUGCGAAAUGUAUCAUAUUAAAUAGACGGAGCAUGCUUUUGUUGUCGAGAAAUAUGUAAUCAGGUUUUUAUGCUGCCUCACAACAUAACGGUUAUGAAAGAACCUCAUCGUGAAAUAAACUCCGAAAUAGUUUAAAUCCAUAAUCUUGCAUAGAAAGUAUGUUUUAUUGAACGAAUGUAGUAAAAACGUCAAACAGUUAACAAAGUUCAAUUUUAUCUAAAAUUUCCAAACGUGGAUAUCUGUUCCUUGUGCAAAUUCAAUUUUCUUAUGAACAUUUAAAGAUUUAUGUUUCUUGAAGAUGAAAACAAGUUUUAACUACUUAAUAUGAUCUUCUCCAUUGCUUUGCCACUUAAAUUCGUCUGAAGAAAUCCAGAAUGCACUUUUGCAAUGACAAUACAUGCCAUUCAUUGUGAUCAUAAUUUAGCCGAGAUAGGGGUAUGCGAAAAUUUAUGACAAAAAUCGCUAUGUAGUUGAAUUUUGUGACGGACCUGCACAUGUAAAUAAACUAGAAAACUAUUGCCCUCAUAUUUAGACAGAUGAAGAUAACUAUAUAGAUGUGCAUGAUCAUUCUGCAUGCUCGUCUUUCAGAUUUCUGUAAUGUAUUUAUCAAUAUUUACAAACAAAUUCCUUUCAUUUAGGGGAAAUGAUGAACUUUUAAUCGUAAAGGUAAUUGACAGGUUUUUAAUAACGUUAAUCUUAAUUUGAUUUCCUUCUUAACUGCUAUCAUCACUGAUUCAUUGACAUAGCAGGUGCAAAUUCGAAAUAAUAUAGAGUAUUUGAUAAAACUAGAAAUGAAAUGAACUUUAUAGGAUAUCGGCUAGGCAUUCUGUGCAGUAUAAAAGUAGGCGCGUGUUGGUUUUCUUGAUCAAAGUAAAGACAUUCUUUAUCGUGGCGAUUUAUUAAACUACUCCAUGUGGCAAAUCGCAAUUCUGUUAAUGUCACGUGUUAUUAAAACCUUUAUUCACUGCAAAGGUGUUAAAUUUUAUAGGAAUACGUGUUCUGAAAAUUUUGCUUAAAAUUAUCAAAUGUGUAUGUACGAGCGUGUGACUACGGAUAAAAUUAAUAUCAGAUAGUGGUAUAUACUGGAAUAACAAUUACAAUAAAAUGUAAAUAUUUUAAAUAUACACUUUAUUUUCUGUUGUUGUUUUUGUUGCUGUUGUAUAUUUACAGAAUAGAAGUAAUCUUUUGGAAACGACCCUACAAUACAUAUAUUGAUAUAAACCUGUGAUUUAUAUGAAUGAAUUUUGCACAUUCUGCUCUUAAGUGCGAGACAAGCCGGAAUAAAAGACGGAAUAAAGCAUUGGAUUUCCAGCAGCACAUCUAAAACUUAUCAUGCACGUGAAAGAGAUGAACUUCAAGGUCAAUUUAACUUAUGGGGAUGAUAACAUUCAAGAUGAUGGUGUAGACCACUUGUUACAGCUAAUGUUUGUAUUCUGGGGCGUCAUUAUGCCAAUUAUUGGCGUAACUGGAGUCGUCGGGAAUAUUUUAACCGGAAUUGUUUUAUUCCGACGAGAAAUGAGAUCUACAACAGUCUAUUUCUUGAGAACAUUACUAAUAACGGAUACUGGAAUAAUUGUUGGUGCAAUCAUGGGAGUAUCAGUAAUUUCCAUCACACAGUUGGAUUCUAAAGAAUUGUUAUUUAAUGAUGUGAUUUACCCACAUAUUUUCACACCAAUAAAUUACUUUGUGAUGGCUCUACAAACGUUGAAUGUUUGGACAACUGUUGCCGUGACCGUAGAACGUUAUAUCGCAAUUUGUUUUCCGUUUAAAUCAAUAAAUAUAUGUAAUAGACGUACGGCCUAUAUAAUGAUUGGUAUCACAACUCUGUUUUCGGCCGUCUAUAACAUUCCGAGAUGUUUCGCUACAGGAGUUACUACAUGCGGUGAUCGUUGUUAUAUGAUCAUAACUACAGAUUUUGGCAAAACCAAUUUUUAUACAACUGUUUAUAGCGAAUGGCUGUACACAAUUCUUAUCUAUGUUAUUCCUCUUCUAAUGUUAGGGGUUUUAAACACUCUUCUUAUUACAGAACUGAUGCGCAUGCGUAGAAGAAGAAGUGUUACAAAUAGUAAAGAAAACACAGAGUUUAAUUUAAGUAUUGUGCUAGUUAUAAUUGUAGUGGUAUUUAUCAUUUGUCAGACUCCUGGAUUAGUGGCACAAUUUCAUUUUCUGGACGCCGAUUUUUUAAUGCAAUGGACAUGUGUGAGUAACACUUUAUUUGUGUUGAAUUCGUCAGUGAAUUUUAUUAUAUAUACCGCGGUUGGACGGAAAUUUAGAACGCUUCUUUUGAAAAUACUUAAAAAGUGUUUUUGUGGUCCUGGAGAUUCCUCGAAUACAGACAGAGAACUAACUACAUUAACAACAAUAAAAGACACAUAUGGAACGCGUGUAACAACUGAUGAACUGACUGCUUUAAAAAACGAUGAUUUAUAGUUUUAUGUUGGGAGUAUAAAUGUAAUACAUGUAUAUAUGAUAGAAAAACUUCAUGUGAUCAUACAUUUCUUCAGAAUUUUACUGAUACGUAUCCAAAUGUCUUUCAUUAUUUAUACCGUCUGUUUAUUCCGAAUUAUUACGUCUUUCCUAAAAUUUCUGAAUGUCGCCCAGAUAUAUUAGGCCCAGAGUAUAGUUUGAACACGAACCAAAAUAUGCCUGUAAUAAAUCAUUUAUCAUGGAAUAAUAAUACGUAUAUUCUACUAAUAUAUCAUAUUCCAGCUUGAAUUGUCCCGCUGAGCAGAUCGUAUAUCAUUUAUGAUUGCAGAUCCCAGAUCUUAUUUAAUUGAUAUUGUAUUUUCGUAAUGGCCAGAACUCUCAGCCAUACACAUUUUAUGAUAUAAUUGCAUGAAAGCGUCAUAGGCGACAAAACAGAUUCAUAAAAAAUUCAAGCAUAUACCAAAAAUAAUCUUUGAUAUUAGAAUAAGGCGGAUUUCACUCAAGGACUUUAUAAACGCUCCAUCUAUGUGUUUGAAAGAUUUGACCAAGGAAUAUUUAUGAAAUAUGGUAUAAAGGUGGUAAUGUGUCUGUGCUAAACGAAGCGUGUUUUCAGCUCAUAGAACUCAUAUUCUGGUAUAUUUUAUAUAGAGGAUAUUACAUGAGUGUCUUUUCAUAUUGAAUUUAUUAAACAAGUUAAAUAAAAUAAUAAUAGCGAGUCACAAAUGUAAUAUUCUUUUUAUCACAUGUUAGCUUUUUCUGACUAAACAUCAAAAAUGCUACUUUCUUUUACUAUAUAAACAAGUCUAUUUGACCAACGUCUCCUGUACUGUAAACGACGUCGACGCCAAAGCUUUAUUACACUAGUGUAUUAUCCUUUUUAUGUAAAGGCUUUAUUACACACCCGCGACGUCAAACAUGUGAUGAUAGGAUAUAUAAAAAUUCCGUUGUCGUCACUGGAAAAGAAUAUCCGUUUAAGUCGUUACACCGUUAAAAGGUAAAUAAAUUGACCACUUUGCGAAUGAUAAAGGGAUGAAUUGAUUUUAAUGUUGCAACAUGCCAACGUAGGUGAUGUGGACGAAAUGUAAAAUGCUCACAUGGUGUUGCCAAACGUGGAAUCCUAGAGCCACAGCCUGUCCAGUAUUAUUUCGGUGACUUUCCAACACCGAUAUAACUGGAUAGUAUUUGGUGUAUUACAAGCAAAGAAUCUGAGAAACGCCUACUUUAAGAAAAAAUAAAUGUCAGCACUGAUUUUAAUGAAUAGAACUUUAAUUUGAUAAAGUAGAGAAAUUUUGAAAGAAUUUUAAUUUACUUGAACGACCCAUAUACAUUUUGUCUGACUACAGACUGGCUUUGUUGCCUACAGUUUUCUUUUCUCUCAUAUACAGACAGACAGUCAAUACUAUUAAGCACAGUAAUUAAGUAAUUACUGUCCACGUUAGGAAUGCAUUUAACAAACUAUCUGGAAGAAAGAAGCACGUGAAAUUGUCAUUCAUUUGUAUGUUUGAUCUAAAUUAAACUGUGCUGAUAAGGAUGUGCACAGUUUCAUUUCAAGCAAGGGAUAACAUCAAUCAAGUUCCGGAUAUUCUUUGACACGGAACACGAUGCUUUCUAUAUGAGAGAUGAUAUGAUUGAAUUAAUAUUGUUUCUGAAAUAUUUUAGGAAGUUAAUUAUAUAAUGAAAACGUUUAUAUAAAUGUACAGGUCCGUCUCAGAAUUUAACUAAAUAGCAAUCUGUCUCAUAAUUGUUCGCAUACCCCGUUUUAGCGUGAUCCUGAUGUAGCCGGCAUAGAAGUAUGCGAAAACAAGUUAAAUUUUUAGAUAACCAAAGUUUUUUUGCAGUUAAUGGUCAAAACCUGCAAAUAUAGUUUAGAUGGUAAGCCAUAACAUAUAAACAUUAAAUAAACGUAAUUGGUUUCCGUUCAAAGAUCUUAUUAAUUUCAAAUAAAUGCUUUGAAAUAAAGUCAACAACCUCCCAACGAUAGGAAAAGAAAUGUAUGACAACGCAAUCCACACCAUUACAACUGAUAGAUUUUAUGUAUUACAGUAUAACAGGGAUUGAUUACAACAAAAUAAUUGAACAGUAAUUUGUCAUUUGUGUAAUCCGUCUUUGUCCUAUAAAGGAACUUGUCAGGACAAAUCACAAUAACUCAUUUUGUCUAUUUAUAUUUACUGAAAUAUAAUGUUAUGCAUUUAUGUUUAGUAAAAUGGUACAUUCUUUUCCUUUCCAGCAGCCUCUACACAUGAUUAAAUAAAAUGAAAAAAUUAAGAUAGUGGCCUUUUACAUGAUGUUAUACUAGCAUAACCGAACCAUUGAAUAACAAUAGUUCAUCAUAAAAACGUAAAUAACACUAAACAAGCAUUUUCCAAUUUCUGUAUCAAAUAUUUGAACUUUCAUCCUAGAGUGUGGUGGUCAGGACGAAUUUCGGUAACUCUUUCCGACAUAAUCAGUGCAGCAGUAUUAUAUAUUUAUGUGUUGGGUUUGUCUAAUAGUCUAUAAAGAAAUAGUGAGAUAAUAAUUCUAAGUUAGCGACAGCUAUGCUAGAGAAUAUCUAUCACGAACUGAAGCUUUAUCUAAGUGCAAAAAGGAAACAUUGAUGAUAAAC